AUGUCGAGCCUGCUGCAUCAUUUACGAGACGAUGGAUUCGACAUGCAAAUGAUUGGGAAUUUCUUGAGCUUCGCAUCGAGAGGGGAUAGGGUUGGAUUGAACGAUAUGCUUCGAAAGGGAAUGUCGCCCGACGUGCAGGACUACGAUAACAGAACUGCACUUCACCUCGCCGCUAGCGAAGGCCACGCCUCCAUUGUCGAGCUUCUUUUGGCUUACAACGCUAACGUCAACCUCCAAGACCGCUGGCAAAGAACUCCUUUAGCAGAUGCAAAGGUCUACGAACACCGAGAUAUCUGCCGGAUUCUUGAAGUCAACGGGGGCAGGGAACUUAUAGAAGACCAAGCAAUGCUAGUCCGUCACGAAGAAGAUUCACAAGAGAAUAUCGAUAUCUCCGAACUGAACUUGCAGCAUUCCUCCAUGAUUGAGCAGGGUCAAUUUGGUGUAGCGGAAAAGGUCAAGUGGCGCGGGACUUGGGUAGUUAAAACGGUUAUCUCCAGACAUAUAUAUCAUCCAGAAAAAAUGGUUUUGACUGCAAAGGACAAUACUCUACUAAGGGAACUACGGCAUCCAAAUAUUCUGCAGUUUCUCGGGUCGAUUGUGCAGGGUGAAGAUAUGAUUUUGAUCACCGAGUACUUGCCAAAGGGAAACAUGAACGAUAUUUUGGCUAAAAAAGUUCGGUUGGAUCCUGCAACUUGUCUACGUUAUGCACUCGAUAUUGCUAGGGGAAUGAAUUAUCUGCAUGAGCACAAGCCAAGACCGAUAGUGCACAACAAUUUGCACCCGAGAAACUUGCUACUAGAUGAAGGUGACCAGGUGAAAAUCGGAGAAUACUGGGUUCAAAUGUUGUACGAGCGAAUACACACGAAUCAAGAUAAAUCUCAGUUAAGUAAUGAAAAUCUCGAUGGCUCGUACGAUACCAAAAAAGACAUACGCUCGUUCGGUCUUAUAUUUUAUCAGAUGUUGGAAGGCAAGCACAUAACGAACAUGAACUCCGACUAUAUGCAUCUCAAGUCUAUCGAAUUCGAGAAGAAGUUCCAUAUAAGUCGAUGCCCCAGAAGAAUCCUUCAGCUGAUAGAGCAAUGUACAAGCAAAGAUAUUAGGCAAAGGCCAUCAUUUGGUUCUGUGAUUGAAAUUCUGGAGGAAGUAAUCUUGCUGGUGAAGAAAGCUGGUUGUUCUGUUUGUUGA